UACCGCUCGCGACGGGUCUGGAUUAGGGGACAUCAUCGAAUAUCGAAAAGCCAACUAUAAGAGCCAGCUCGCUGUCUCGCGCUUUCCGCGUGUGAGCCGGUGCUCGUAGUGCACAGUUCCAGCAUCGACGAUAACAAAAAUGCUGGAAGCGAUUUCUGUGCCGCUGUUGAUUUUGGGCGCGGUCAGCCUCACGCCGCAGGUCGCGCGAGGAACCUUCCUCCGAGGCUCGAACUCCUCGAGGUAUUCUCACGAUCCGGACGCCGAUUUGAACGUCACUCAGAUCAUCGCUCGCUGGGGAUAUCCGGUCGAAAACUAUGAAGUCAUCACAUCGGAUGGAUACAUCUUACAGAUUCAGAGGAUUCCCCAUGGUAUCAAAAACUCGACGACCGGGGACCGAGUCGCUUUCCUACAGCAUGGCUUGUUCUCGUCGGCUUUCGAUUACGUCAACAACCUCCCGAGUGAAUCUCUCGGUUACGUGAUGGCUGAUAAUGGGUACGACGUCUGGCUUGGGAAUGUCCGAGGGAACACAUACAGCAGAAGACACGUGAACAUGAGUGCCGACUCGAAGAAAUUCUGGGAAUUCACUUUCGACGAGUUCAUCGAUUUCGACGUUCCCGCGAUGAUCGACUUCGUGCUCAACAAAACCGGUAAAGAGUCUCUGUACUACGUCGGCCAUUCACAAGGGACCAUCGUAAUGUUCGGCUUGCUCUCUACUCGAAUGGAGUAUCAAAAGAAGAUCAAGGCAUUCGCGGCAAUGGGUCCCGUCACAAACGUAACCUCGAUCACUUCACCCGUGCGCUAUAUAGCCCCCUUCGCACACGACAUCGACUUCAUAAUCGAAUUCCUCGGGAGCGGAGAAUUCGGCAAUCAAAACCCAUUCUUCAAAGCCAUGGCCGAUACCGUCUGCUCGUUCGCAGUAACCCGGGACCUCUGUGAAGACGCGAUCUUCGUCGUUUGUGGCAUCGACAGCAAUCAGUUGAACGUCACCAGGAUCCCGGUUUACGUUAGCCAUACCCCAGCCGGCACGUCGGUUCGUAACGUGAAUCACUUCGCUCAAGAGGUUGAAGCCGGACGUUUCCAGAAAUACGACUUCGGUGUCAAGGAGAAUAAGAGGAGGUAUGGGCAACCAGCUCCGCCAGAAUACGAUGUCAGGAACAUCCACGAGACCCCCGUAGCUCUCUUUUGGAGCGCGAAUGAUUGGCUGGCUGAUCCCAAGGAUGUGGCCAUUCUGGUGCAACGUCUGCCGAGUAUAGUCGAAAGCUACGAGGUUCCGGAACGCCAAUUCACUCACGUGGACUUCAUCUUGGGGGUGAGCGCCAAGCGAUUAGUUUACGAUCCAAUGAUGGAAUUCCUAUCAAAGUAUUGAUUGCGGUCAAGAAUGUGAUGGAAGGCGUCUCCUCAGCUGAAUUGUGUUUUCUUUGUUAUCGAUAAAGGCGAGCAGACGCAAUAAAUUUUCUUGAACUUUGAAACG